AUGGGUGAAUCUACACCACCCAGUGACAGCGAGUUUACGAUCUGCUGGGUCUGUACGCUUUUGAAAGAAUACAUUGCUUCGCGCCAAGUUCUGGACGACAUCUACGAUGAAACCACUCCCGCGUCCAAGGGAAUUUGUAACUACUACACACUAGGACGUAUCGGAGGCCACAAAGUCGUGAUCUGCUGCUGCUUGCCUGCCGAUCAGUCCGCAAUGGUAUCUGUUCCCAGAGUGAUGGAAUACAUGCAGAAAAGAUUUACCUCCAUGCGUUUCGUUUUCAAUGUCGGUAUUGCCGGUGGCGCACCAAGUUCAAAGUAUGAUGUGCGCCUCGGAGAUGUGAUCAUUGGAACUCGGGUAGUUCAGCAUCGCUUCAGAAAGGGAACAUCUGAUGGAUACAUAUUUGCUGGACAUUCGCUGUCCCCUCCGCGUGCUCUUCUUCAUGCAGUAACUGCGCUGAAGACGCGUCUUUUCUAUGGGCUUGACCUUAGUGAAAGCUUUGAGAAUGCCUAUACUAGGUCCCCGACCAUCGAAGCGACAUUCAGGCGUCCCGAAGCACGAACGGACCGUCUCUACAAAUCUCAGUUUGUCCACACUAAUGGAUGCGAUUGCCUCAAGGAGUGCCCUCGGCAGUCAUCUGAGAUAAUAGAACGACAAGCCCGGCAAGACCAUCGAAUCGAGGUUCACGAUGGAGUGAUCGCAUUGGUAGAAAAGGACAUCAAAGAUGCUGUUGCAAGGGAUCAACUCACGAGCGAGCUAGAUGCACUGUGCUUCGAUAGGGAAACAUCAGAACUAUGUGAUUCUGUCAGUUGUAUUCCUAUUCGCGGUAUCUGUAGUUAUUCCGAUUCGCACGGUAACGAACAGUGGAAUGGCUACGCCGCCGCCGCUGCCGCCGUUUGCGCCAGGGAGUUACUCCUGACCAUCCCCCCGGUUCAGUUGACGAGCAUGGAGUCAGUGAAUGAACCAGAGCAAUGGGCAUUUAACUUCCCUGAUUUCACACAGUUGCUUGAAAAGGUUCCCUCUAGAAUAGCGACGACCAUGCACAGUGCCCUUAUCGGUAUCUGCGUCUUACUGGCAAUCUUUGGGCAAUUGAUCUGGUCCUUCUAUGUCUGGAUGUUAUCAGUGGCAGCGGACAUUCGUUCGCCCGCCUUUAACCCUCCAGUGAAAGCAGCUCAGCUCGUGGAGGGUCAUACGCAAAAGCUCGAGGGCGCACCCAUACAUAUCAAUAUCUAUGUCGACCAGCAAGCCGUGUCUCACGCACGAAGGCAAAGCGAAGCGAACUGGAUAGAUUCUCCACAUCAGUGUCCAACGGAGUUUUCUAAGGUCCAGUGGAACGGCGCUGGGAGAGACAAGGUGUCUGGCAGUACCGCAGAACUUCUACAAGGGGUCCGAGCCCUGAUCGGCAAAGAGAUCAGCAGAAACAUCUCGAUCAGUAUCCCACACGAUAUUGGCGAUCCACUUUCGCCUAUCGACUCAAGCUGCGACCCACUUGAGAGGGUACCGAUUGAGAGGACGGAGUCUGUAUCGAGUGCAUCCAAGCCUCCGGUACCCCCACGUUCCAAGAAACCACGCGGCUACAUCUCGAGACGUAACACACAGAUUCCAGUUCCCAAUUCCAUGGCGAAGAGGAACAAACUUUCUGCUGAAAAUGAAAAUCAUAAAUUGUCCGAGUCUGGUGAGGAAGUUCCAGAAAUUGUGGCUCUAAUCAAUGAAUUUCGAGGACGGGCGUCCGUAUGA